AAACUGUGCUACCUGCCGGAGGGAGACCUCACACUACGUCAAUGGGAGAACCGUGAGGUCACGCAGCUGCUGGGUCUUCCGCCCCCGUCAGUCAGCUGUCCCGGGCUGACUGCUACGUACACCCUCACUAUGCCAGGCGUGGAGAGUGGACGGGAGGAGUUGAUGACGACGGUAGACAGGUUAGAGGUGAGGCCUACUCAGUCCCUCGACCGUGAGAGACGGGAGGACACCUUACCCUUCACUGUCACCUGCACUAUACAGGGAUCGGAGCGCCAACUAGCCCCUCAGACACGCAAUGGGACGCUGUUCAUCCUGGAUGAAGACGACUCCCCACCCAUUAGGACCAGGAACCCCUUCGUGGAGUGGCACUAUGGCACUGACUUCGAGGACCUGGACGACCAGUUGAUGGUGCUGGACCCGGACAUGUACACCACCAAUAACUACCACAUAGAGCUGCUCGGCAACACCCACAACCUCGUCAUCAUCGAGAGCUCCACCAAGUUCGAGGUGAAGAAGGAGCUGUGUGUUAUGGAGGCUGAGAACGUGACGGGCGUCUCCAUCACCGCCUCCUGCACCCUCCUCACCCCUGUGAUGAGUUUUGACCACACGAGGCUGCGAGGGAACCUGCCGUCCAAGGUCCAGUUCUCAGUGGUCUUCGUCGACAGGACACUCGUCCCACCAGACAGGAACCGCAGCAAGCAGGUGCAGUACGAUGUGACGUUAACUUUGCCAGACGAUAAGGAGCGUUACGUGACUCCUGCCCCGGCGAACAAGGUGGCCAGGCCGGGCGUUAACUGUGAACUAUGUGCUGACUCUCUGUCAGAGGUCAGCUGUGAAGCGUGUCUUGAGUACAUGGCCUUACUCACCUUGACUCCUCCCGUGGAGCUGAACAUCACUCUCACCCCGACCGCCAGCAAGUACUCGAGACUGGGUCAACUGAUCUUCCCUAACGUGAGCCUCAGUGACCUGAAGAACCAUCACCCGGCGUGUGUGACCUUCACCCUGGCCCCCGACAGCGUGGGCGUGGGCGUGGGCGUGACGCCCAUCACAGGCAUCCUCUACGUCACCGACCCCAGCCGGUUGAGGGCCGGGGACAUCACCGUAGUGAGGGGAAACUCCUCUACCCUGGUGACCCUGAGCGUAGAGGACCCGGUUGUGUCUCCUUGUUCGAAUCAGACGACGUCGAGGGAGGCGUGGUGCUCCCACGCCAGCUACGCGGCCACCUGCUUGUCGUCGUGUGGGCUGGGCGCCGUGUUGUCGUGCUGGUGGCGCCCCCUGGUGACCAAGCCCGGGGAGAUCCUGGCCAGGCACUAUGCCACCUGCUCCCCGGACCUCGACACCUGUCCCAACGGCAUCUGCGACGAACUCGAGCUCCUCAACUCCGGCAUCUGCCCGCAGGAUUGUGUUGACGAGUCCUGGAAGAGAGGCCAUAGUAUGACCAUCUCGAGUGGAGGGUACGGUAUCGAGGCGGGCUUUGGAGUGUGCAGCUGCGACGCGACGGGAUGCAGCUGCUUCGCUGCGCCCGUCGAGGUGCCCCCAUCCACACCCGAGGUCGACAUCCCUUUCAUGGAGCCCACGCACAAGCCAGCCUGGGAGUGUGGCAGUGGGUGUAAAGCCGGUGUGAGUGUGGCCGCCCUCGCCUUCCUCGCCUUCACCCUCGCCUGCGUCGUCUUCUGCAGGCGUCGAGCGAGCAGGCAGGACAAGCAGAAGGGUGGAGUGAUCUCCCUGGGCUCCCUCCCUAGCGAGGAGCGGUCCUCCUCCCUGCCCUAUAACACCCGGGACGAGUCACACGACUCUGUCAUCCACGGCAUCAGGGCGUCGCCUCGCCCCGACCACAGCCUCGUCCCGGCCCUCAACCUCACGGUGUCCCCUCAGAUCGAUCGCAGGUGGGAGUUCCCUCGGAGCCGCCUGGUGAUCGAGCAGACGCUAGGAGAAGGGGAGUUCGGCAAGGUGAUGAAAGCCAAGGCGCAAGGCAUUGGAGGCAAUUUAGGCUACACCACCGUCGCCGUCAAGAUGCUCAAGUCCAACAGCACACAGGUGGAGCUCCAGGACCUGCUAUCCGAGUACUCUCUCCUGAAGGAGGUCUGCCACCCCAACGUGGUCAAGCUCCUGGGCGCCUGCACGGGCAAGGGCGGCCCCAUCUACAUCAUCAUCGAGUUCUGCCAGUAUGGGUCCCUCAGGAACUACCUCAAAAGAUCCCGUCACGCUGAGUUCGAAAACCGCGUGGGCUCCGGUCCCGUGGACGGCUCCGCCGGGGACUACACCAUCACGCCCAAGGACCUCCUCUCCUUCGCCUGGCAGAUCUGCAAGGGCAUGGCCUACCUCACAGACAUGAAGCUGGUCCACCGGGACCUGGCGGCGAGGAACGUGUUGCUGGCGGGGGGGAAGGUCUGCAAGAUCUCCGACUUCGGCCUCACCAGAGACGUCUACGAGGGCGACCUCUACUUCAAGAGGAGCAAGGGUAGAGUGCCGGUCAAGUGGAUGGCCCUGGAGAGCCUGGUGGACCACGUCUACACCAGCAAGAGUGACGUGUGGGGCUUCGGGGUGCUACUGUGGGAGCUGGUCACUCUGGGCACUCCCCCUUACCCCGGGGUCACUCCUGAGAGACUCUUCUCCCUGCUCAAGGCCGGCUACCGCAUGGAGAAGCCGGAAAACUGCUCCCAGGAGCUGUACGACGUGAUGCUCCAGUGCUGGGCCGAAGAGCCCGCCAGGAGACCUUGCUUCCAGGAGCUGACCGACAUCUUCGACGCCAUGAUCCAGGCGGACGUCGAGUACCUGGAACUGCGCUCCCUCAUCGUCACCAACCGCGGCUACUUCGACGGCGUGCCCGCGCGGCUUUAUCCCGAGGCUCCGCCGCAGUUCCAGGACGCGCCGCAGGCUACCGGAGACAGCCACUUACCCCAGUCGCAGCCGCAUGUCGUAUUGCCCCCGCCGCCGCAGGAGGUUUUGCCACAGCAGCUCCUUCAAGGGGUGCCGCACCUGAGCGUAGAGGAGGGCCGUGUUCCCCACCCGCAGCAAGACUGGUCCCCACCUGAGGACGAGCAGCUGGACACCGACGCCUACCUGGUGGCCCGGACCCACCUGGGCCCACCCCACCGUGAGGAGUCCACCGAGCCCCUCCUGGCGCCCACCUCCCCGCCCACCACGGCCGCCCAUACGCCCACCAUCACCACUUCCCACGCCCACAACCCCGCCUACUCCCCCACCAGCGAGUUGCCACCGCCCCCACUCCACUACUCCACUCUGGCAACCCGACCUGACGAAGAAGAUGCCCAUAAUCUGGAGUGUUGUAGGAGCGAGGAGGACUCUGACAGCGGGCGAGCGACGGGUGACUCGGGCUACGCGACGGAGGAGGGUCGUGGGAGGUGGCGGGUGGAGCACAAGGGGGGUGGUCGUACCCCCCAGGCCUCCCCCAGGGGAUCGUCCUACUCCCCCGUCCCCCGCCACGAGCACGACCCCGAGGACGACCAGGACACCUCCGAGGACCUGGAGGAGAGACAAGAGCUCCUGAUGGAGGAUCUACUGGGACAUCUGACCCCCAGCCCUGAACCCGCCCAAGCCGCCCACAGCGCCGCCCACAGCAGUCAUGCCGCCCACAGUACCCACACCACACCUGUGAUUGUGUGAGGAAGAGGGACUUCACAGACCGUCUAGACAUCAUCAGUUGUGUUGGACUUCGAAGACGUCUCUCUCUCUCUCUAGGACGACUUCGAAACUCAAGUCUCUAUCUCCUUUAUUUUUGUUGGUGAGACCCGAGGUCGCUAUAGAGUGGACACUGCUUGGUGAGAAUAGAUAUAUAUAUCUAUCACUCCUGUUGGUACUACAUGGGUGGAAUAUGUGAGUGUAUAAUAACCCUCGGUGGUAUAGCUUAGUGAAGAUAUGUGUAUAGACCUCUACAGGAAAUGUAACUUGCUUUAAAGAUGGGUGUCGCCGCCUCCGCUGUGGGGAGUAUCUACCUUGCAAGUUAAAAAAUACCGUGUGGAAAGUAUAUACCAGUUGCCGUGUGUGGACGACAGACAUAUACCAAGACACCUUCCUUAUAUGUGUGUGUGUAUGUGUGUGUGUAUAAGAACAAUUUCCCCCCACAUACACCUGUUUAUUCACUCAACCAGUCAACCUGUCAAUCAACUAACGCCAUCGUGUCCAGUAAGUAAGUUAUCGCAAGAUUAAAUCAAUUUCAAAACGUAUGUAUGUAUGUGUGUGUGUGUGUGCUAAGGCUGUUGACCUUUAUGACUCCCGAUUGUUUCCAAAAUUUGACUUUGAAACAUACGUCUGUGUGUGUGUGUGUGUGUGUGUGUGUGUGUGUGUGUGUGUGUGUGUGUGUGUGUGUGUGUGUGUGUGUGUGGUUUUACUUCAAGCCUGGAGGCUGGAUUAAAACAAAACAUGUUCAAAAAAACACGUUUUCUUCAAAGAUUUUUCAAGGGGUGACCUGUGCAACCUCGAGACCGAACUUUUGGUGAAAUGUUAACCUUUUUUAAUGACUCGUGUUACCCGUACAUGAACGCGUUACCACCGACCUGAACAACUUUUGUCUCUCUUACCAUUAGUGAAUUAUGUGUCAUGUACUGUAUAAGCUUUGAGAAGAUCUUCUGUUGUAAUAUUUCUGAUAUUCAAGCUGCAUUUCUUCACACUGCAGCUUCAUUCCGCCACGCUACAGCUGUAUUUCUCACACAAAAAAAAGAGCAACUGUAUUAUUAGUACAGUUGUAUUGUACACUAUAAUCAAAGUCUCCUGCCUUUAUAGGGGGGGGGUGGUGGGAGAGGGAGGGAGGGCAGGGAGGUUGGGUCUUAUCUCUUCAAUGCGCAUGUGCAGCAAUAAGCACUUUGUGACGCUGUGACUCCCAACACACCGAUUCGAUUCGAUACUAGAUACGUCACUCAUUAGCUGAUUGUACGUCACGCUCGCUGAUUGGCCCAGAAUUUCCUACGUCACUGAUCAACUGAUGACACGUAGUCCGUUCUGAUUGGCCGGCAAGUUAUCCCGUCACCAGGUGAUGCCACGUGGUACAUGAUGAUUGGCUCAAAUAUUACUGUCAUUGAUCAGUUGAUGACACGUUGCGCUUUCUGAUUGGCCUGUAAGUUCCCGCGUCAUUAACUGAUGCCACUUAGGACGUGAUAAUUGGCCCAAACACUGAUUCAUUGAUGAUUAUUAACGCAUGUUUAGCAGAUAAUCUAGAAUUUAUGUUAAUAUUAUUUAGUAUGAUGUGUAAUAGAGGUUGAUGGUGUUAAGGAGACAUAUUAUUAGUGUGUAAGAGGGAACUUAGGUAGGGUAAUAUUGAGAUAUGUGAGCCCACCAGCCCCUCUUCUCCCCCGCCGUUACCCAAACAUUCCCCACCACCACUACCAAAUUCUUCCCCUACCAUUACCAGCCAUUCCUGGCUACCUUUCAGACCACCCAUUACCGCCUAUUUCGUCGACCAUCGCCCAUUCAACCACUACAAUCUACCAUAACUCAACCACCUACUCUAACAUUAACUAUCCAAUUCACCCCCUCCCCCCCCCCCCAUCCUUCCCCCCAUCACCGCCCUAACCCCCCAACCCC